AUGUUGGCAUUCGAACCGUCGAGACAGCAGCAGACUCCAUACUUCCAGCAUUUCACCAUGGAUCCCGCUUUGACCGAACCCUUUACCUUUCAUGUGGACCUGAGUGGCUUCGGACAAGCUCCUAAUUCCUCACGUCUGCCCCAGUCGUCUCAUUAUGAUACCCCGUCGAUUGAUGCAUAUUCCGAUACCAAUAAAGUGACCAGCUUCCCGCCGAUGCCGGCUACUCCACCCUCAAUCCCAAUCUCACAUUCCGAACCUUACAUGCCCAGUCUUUCUACGGCCUCUGGUCCUUCAAUCGCAAGUGCUUCGUCUUCCGCUAUAGGCUCCCCCUACUCAGGAACUGCCCCAGCUAUUCACGAGAAUUGGGUAGACACGAAUCACGGCCUGGGGCUACCGGCUGCGGUCAUGAGUGACCUCUUCCCCAAUGAAUACAUUGGGAACUCACUGGACAUGGAAGGGUUCUAUUCCAAGAAGAACUCAGAUAACUAUGUUGACCCUUCUUUGAUUGAGACAUUACAACCCCAAACGAACAUUCCUCAAUCGUCUAUGCCAUACCCUGAGCAACCGAACUACGGCUAUCCUGGGUUCCAUCCUCAAUCCCCCGAGCUUCCCUAUCUUCCCCAAGCCGAGGAGUGCCAUACGAAGCAGGCAAUUGCACAGCAGCUAAACCACAUCCCGACAUCUUCCCCUUUGAUCAAUGACCGGAGGUCCUCCAUCUCCUCCGAGCUCUCCCGUCGCUCACAGCUGAGUCCGGCUGCUAGCAACGCGGAUCUUGAUGAUGAAACCAAGGAGAAGGGACGGUGCCCCCACCCUGACUGCGGACGCGUCUUCAAAGAUUUGAAGGCCCAUUUGCUAACCCAUCGGUCGGAGAGGCCCGAGAAAUGCCCUAUUGUUAACUGCGAAUAUCAUAUCAAGGGCUUUGCCCGUAAAUAUGACAAAAAUCGCCAUACUCUCAUCCAUUACAAAGGAACCAUGGUCUGCGGCUUCUGUCCAGGAUCUGGCUCACCGGCGGAAAAAAGCUUCAAUAGAGCAGAUGUUUUCAAGCGUCACUUGACUUCAGUACAUGGCGUGGAGCAAACACCGCCAAAUUGCCGGAAGAAGAGCCCAGCUGCGUCUAACAAGGCUAUCACAGGGUAUCGCCACGAUGCGACUGUCAAGUGCUCGACAUGCCCUGACACCUUCGACAACGCUCAGGAAUUCUACGAGCACUUGGACGACUGUGUUCUCCGAGUGGUGCAAAAGGAGCAACCCAGUGAGGCUGUCAACCAAAGAUGCCUGGCUGAAGUUGACUCGGACGAGGAGGUGAAGAAAACCAUGGAGAAGCAUAAGCUGCUCGACACGGCUGGUACCGUUUAUCGAUAUGAUGAUGAAUUUGACGACGAUGAAGACGAUUCAAAUGAGGUUCUGUCUCUCCGGCGUUCCGCCAACAGUGCUAUGAAAGCCAGUCGAGGCAGCGCAAGUACUUCCGCCCGUGUCACACUGGGAAACAGCGCUGUUACCAAGCGCCCAAUCUCCUCGAAGCGACGGAAUAACCGUGAUCGCUACCCCCAAUCCUGGGGUUGCCCCAGAAGCAACAUCAACAUAAGAAAGCGCGUUCUGUGUGUGUUUGAUGGCCAACGCCGUCUGUUGAAGGAUGAAAUGAUGCUCAAAAACGAGCAUGAAGUUCGUGUAAAGCUUCCUGGUGGCACUGGCGACGGCACUAAUCGAGAGGCAUAUGUGACCGAUUUGGACGUUCAAACUUUGAAGCGCGCAGAAGGCAUCCUGAGUGCUACUGCUGAAGAACGGGGUCCUUGGCUAGAUGGACCCUCUUCUCAGAUGAUUGGGCCACCGGCCAUGCCGAUGGCCAGUCUGUCCCAUCCUUAUGAAGGAGAGGUAGAUUUUGGUGAGCUUAUGGCUUAA